AUGCGAGAGGUUUCCUUCAAAGGAAAUACGGUUAUUAUCAGCAUUAGAAAUGAGAAAUUAAUUGAUAUAUGCGAUUAUGUUGAUAGUAAUAGAAGAUUAAAAGUAACAAAAGAAAAAGUUUAUGGUAAAAGAAAAUUCAAGGAGGUUGCAAUUGUAAGAAGCAUAGAAAAAAUCAAAGGAUGUUCAAAUACAUACAAAUCAGAUGGUUUUUUAGUGUCUACUUACAGUUGUAAUUUUUACAAAGUAAUUUUUGAAAGAAUAUGUUUAUAG